AACCAUCUAAACCACCAUUAAUGUUCCUCUGCCCAUUUCCAAGAAAUUAGAACUCAUUUUUCUCUAAUUUCUUGAUCGUCGCCAUGAACGAUCUAAUCUCUAGUUCAUUCAAGAGAUACACAGACUUAAACCACCAGGUCCAACUCGAUGACAUCGAAUCUCAAAAUGUUUCUCUCGAUUCAGGCAACCUCGAUGAGUUCUUUGGAUAUGUCGAGAGUGUUAAAGAAGACAUGAAAGCUGUCGACGAGAUUCAUAAGCGUCUCCAAGAUGCUAAUGAAGAGUCCAAGACCGUACAUGACUCCAAGGCCAUUAAAAAGCUUCGUGCUCGUAUGGAUUCGAGUGUUACAGAGGUCUUGAAACGUGUCAAGAUGAUAAAGUCGAAGCUUGUGGCUUUGGAGAAAUCAAAUGCUGCGCAGAGGAAAGUCGCUGGUUGUGGUCCUGGCUCGUCUGCUGAUCGGACCAGAACAUCGGUCGUUAGCGGAUUGGGGAAGAAGCUUAAAGACAUGAUGGAUGAUUUUCAGAGACUACGAACCAAAAUGGCUACUGAGUAUAAAGAAACCGUCGAGAGAAGGUACUUCACUGUAACGGGGCAAAAAGCGGACGAAGAGACAGUCGAGAAGCUUAUAUCGAGUGGAGAGAGCGAACGUUUUCUCCAAAAAGCAAUACAAGAGCAAGGUCGCGGACAGAUCAUGGACACAUUAUCAGAGAUUCAAGAACGACACGACACGGUUAAGGAGAUAGAACGGAGUCUGUUAGAGCUGCACCAAGUGUUCCUCGACAUGGCUGCUCUUGUAGAAGCUCAAGGGAAUAUGCUCAAUGACAUCGAAUCAAAUGUCUCAAAAGCGAGCUCUUUCGUCAUGAGAGGGACUGAUCAAUUGCAUGGGGCUAAAGUACUUCAGAGGAACUCGAGGAAAUGGACUUGUAUUGCCAUUAUCCUCGCUAUUGUACUUGUUAUUGUGAUUCUUUUCCCAAUCCUCUAUACCAGUGUACUUAAACCUUGAUUUCAAAAGGUAACUUCUUGUAUUCUUCAAACUCUUUUUGUUAGAGCCCUUUCAAUUUCUUGUAUUGAAUCCAGAGCUGAAGCGAGAGUUUAAUUUGAAGC